AUGUUCUUCCCGCUCGACGACGUGGCCCGAUGCUACAUUGCCUCGCUGGAGUCUCUCAACACCCUCGUCUCGCUGCUCUCCCACGGAGACCUCGCCAUGCAGGCCAGCGCCGCCAUCGUCCUCCUCGAGCUCGCCUCGUCCGCCGAUCGGCACACCGUCGGCAUCAUCUCCAGGACGCCCGGCGUAUGCAGUGCGCUCGUUGGCCUUACCAGGAACCCUGUGUCCCCGCAGACCACCAAGGUUGCGCUCGUCAUGGCCUACUACCUCAUCUUCGGCAGCGAUCGCAUGGCCGCCCGCUUCGCCGAGCUAGGGGAAGUGCUCAUCGUUGUGGAGCACCUCAUGGACGCCGACAAGGGGACGAGCGGGGAGGCACUGGCCGUGCUCGACGGCGUCCUAUGUACCGACAUCGGCCUCGAGUCCGCGCAUGCGCACGUGCUGGUCGUGCUGGUUCUGGUCAAGAAGAUGUUCCACGUGUCCAACAUGGCCACGGAGUUCGCCGUCUCCGCACUCUGA